CAGCUCAGCCACCGGGACAACAGCUGUCUCGCUUCAUAGUCACUUUUUGUUCGCGGAACCGUGAUCAGUUUCAGCUUUUACGCACAGUCAUGAUUUUGACGCACAGGUGAACUUCUGUCGCCUCAUCGCGCCUCGACCACAACUCCACAAGGAAAAAAGAAAAAAAAAAAGAAAAAAGUAUCGAAGCCAUCUCUUCUUAUUUCUCCUCUUCGUUCUUCUGUCUCGGCUGCUCGGAGGUGAACAAGUGACCAGAGCCAUGUCCAGGAAGAAGGCAGUGAAAGGCAAAGGGAGCUCCAAGAGCCCCAAGGCGUCGCCGAGCAGCGGGAGGACGGGGAAAGGUCUGGCCGCCGCUGCCGCUCCGUCCUCCGGACUGGUUUAUCCCAGCAGACCCUCCAUCAGCAACAGUGGAGAGUUUUAUGACAUCGCCUUCAAGGUGAUGCUGGUGGGGGAUUCAGGUGUGGGGAAGACCUGUCUGCUGGUUCGCUUCAAAGACGGAGCCUUUCUAGCUGGAAGCUUCAUCUCUACUGUGGGUAUCGACUUCAGGAAUAAAGUUAUGAGCAUUGACGCAGUAAAGGUGAAACUGCAGAUUUGGGACACUGCUGGUCAGGAGCGUUUCCGGAGCGUCACACAUGCUUACUACCGCGACGCUCACGCUCUUCUCCUCCUCUAUGAUGUCACUAACAAAGCAUCCUUCGACAACAUCCGGGCGUGGCUGACAGAGAUCCACGAGUACGCUCAGCAGGACGUGGUCGUCAUGCUGCUGGGUAACAAGGCCGACUCCACACAUGACAGGGCGGUGAAGCGAGAGGAGGGAGAGAAACUGGCCAAGGAGUUUGGAGUUCCCUUCAUGGAGACGAGCGCUAAAUCUGGACUGAACGUGGAGCUGGCCUUCACCGCUGUGGCCAAAGAACUGAAGCACAGGACCAUGAAGGAGCCUGACGAACCAAAGUUUCAGCUGCAGGAAUACGUCGACCAAGAAAUGAGGACGGCUGGCUGCUGCCGCUCGUAGACCGUAUCCCUAUUUGUGUGUGUAUAUGCGCAUGUGUGUGUGUGAGAGAGAGAGAGAGAGAGAGAGAGA